AUGGCGACGGCGAAUUCUCCCAUAGAACUGCCUACUGGCAGGCGAUCCAUCUACUUCGACCAAGCUGCGAUACCAAACCCCGAUGUCCAUGAUCCCAACUGGAUCCCCGUACUCGAUUCAAAUGCUAUCAAGGGCCCGAACUCGGUCUUCAGUGAAAAAGAGGUUUCGCCAUAUAACCAAGCCUCGUUCUCCCCCUUCCCAACGGCACCCGCUUCCAAGCAGGCUUCUCGGCCGCAGUCUCCAGAUAAACGACCUCAACUCAGUCACAGCCAUUCCAAAAGCUCGUACGCGCCUGAAGCCAUCCCAUCAGAACUGGAAGGCGCGCCUCUGCCCAUUCGCAGCUCGUCGAGAAGACCCGCCGUCAGUCCACAUUCCGAACACCUGAGGGACAACAGUGACGGUCAUGACACGUCAACGUCUGAUGCCGACGGCAGCACGGCGCCGAGCACGGCAGGUACUACGAGCCUGUUGGAGGAGCAAUACUAUACCUUGCCCACGAUGGAGGUGGCUAAGGAGGAUCUCCAACCACCAGCUCCACCCAUAUCUGCUCGGUCAUCGUUGGGAGCCGGGUCAAUGAUGUCUAGCAAAACGAAAAGCCCGUUCGCGCCCACAUCAAAAUACAAUCGCAAAGGUGUCCAGUCGAUAGUGUCCAUUAACCGGCCAGCCACCAUCCAAAGCCAACCCUCCACCCCCCACGAGUCACCAAAAGUGCGGCCUAAUAUGCCGACUCCAGCCUCUGCUCCAAUUUCUGCUCCUCCAGCGCCACCUGAACCCUUGGCCUCACCUAAACUCGCCUCGUUACAAUCAUCCAAAUCUACGGCUUCUGAGAGGCGAUAUCGAGCACUACACUCGCAUCCAUCCAACAACUCAAUGCAUGAGAAAGCGUCACCUCAAUUGCAGUCGCAGUCCUUCAACCGAUCACGCGCAAACUCCAAAUCUGGCGAAAUUGAUAUCGAAGCACUGCCUCGGCCACCUUCCGUGAGGCAUAAGCCACGCAAGUCGGGCGAUGCGUCUACUUCACGGCCUACCACUCCCCGAUCCAUUUAUGACUAUCAGCAACCGACGCCUGCUCCCACGGCUCCUCUGCCGCAGCUGCCGCCUGAAGCUUUCACUGCAGCGGCGUCCAACUCCCGACGGCAAUCGAUUAGGACUAUCCGGGCGCCGUCUGAGGCCCAUAUUGCAUCUGCGAGCAUCGCCAACGUUGCUAAACCUGCUGAUCACUCAGAAAUGGCCGAUUUCAUGUCGCGGAAAAGCACAGUAGUGUUCCGACGUUUCGACGAUGUGCACGUGAAGCUGUUGCUGUGUCUACAGGACGAGAUCACGCAGCUGGAAGAGGAGAUGUUUGCAUUGGACAAUGAUGCGAACGCACAGGCGAUGGAGCGGCCAGGACAGAAGAUGCGGGUGAUGCGGGAACUGCGGAGGGUGGUGGCUGAGUACGAUCAUCUUUUUGCCAACUGGUCGCAGAUGCAAGCCAACAAAGCAACGCCAGAGGUCAUGGCCGAUUUACGGCAGUGGUUGGAGAAUCCCAAGACGAGUGCAGGUGCAGCGGUCGACGGCGCGAAGGACGAUCUGAAAUGGCUGAAGAGCCAGAAAGAUCUGAGCAGCGUCACCCUGGGAGAGAAAGGUGGAGACUCGAGCACAGAAAAGGGCGAAAACGGUCCUUCGGUGCAGAAGUCGAGCGCAGGGGGCGCGUUGGCGGCGCUAUUCAAUUGUGCUGGCAAAAGGAAGUAA